AUGUUACAGAAAGUCUAUGGUAAAUGGUGCAUAUCAAAAACGCAAGCAUACGAAUGGCACAAGGCAUUAAAAGAGGGCAGAGAAGAAGUGCAAAAUUUGCUGCAUGCUGGCCGACCGUUAAUUGUUUCGACUGAUGAAAACAUCGAAAAGAUAAAAAAAAUGGUCAUCGAUAAUCGUCGCCUGAGUGUUAGAGAGGUGGCUCAUGAAGUGGAAAUGUCUCACAUGUCCGUGCAUAACAUUUCAACUGAAGUUUUGGCCAUGAGACGCGUCGCUGCACGACUUGUUCCGAAGGAGCUGAAUUUUCUGCACAAAGAACAUCGAAAAGCAGUUGCUGAAGACAUGAUUUCACGAGCUUCUAGUGACUUUACCUUCAUGAAACGCAUCAUAACCGAUGACGAAACAUGGGUUUAUGAGUACAAUAUGCAAACAAGUCAACAAUCUUCGGAAUACCGCUUAGAAAAUGAACCAAACUCUAAAAAACCGCGUCAAAGUCGCUCGAAAAUUAAGGUCGUGUUGUUCAUUCGGAAUUCCUCCCAGAUGGACAAACAAUAA